UCCGUCCUAAAGGUUCCACCCCUACAAACGACAGCAAUAAUGAGCCAAACAAUGGUUUGCUUCACUAUUAUGCUUAUCGCAUGCUUGGCAGCAAGUACGGAAGGCUACCAAAUAUUUGGCAAAAAUGCUAAUUCAUACGUCGAAAUGCAACCGUUUGAAAACCAAUUCAGAUACGGCUAUCAGGUGCGCAAAGAAAAUGAUCAGUUCCAGCACAAGUACCAGAGUCCGCAAAAUAUGACCUACGGAUGCUACGGCUACACGCAGAAGGACGUUGGUGGCGAACAUCGAAUUUAUUACGUUGCCGAUCAGUUCGGCUACCGGACGGUGGAAGUUGGACAGGUCGUCACCAUCUUUCCGACACCAGGCAAGAGUCCGGUUGCGAAACAGUUUGAGGAACUCCCAUUCCCCGCUGGUUGUUUCAACAAGAAACAAGUAGAUCAAGUUCCUGAACCCUCAGAUAAGCACGAAGUCACUGCAACGCCUCCAACUAAUGGUGGAUGCUGCCGUCCUUGCGUAAAUGGUGGAAAAACUAUAAAGUCAGAGGGUGGAAUGGUCACCCUGCUCUACCCGUUCCGCGUUGCGUGCAGCGAGAUGGAAAAGUUUGAGAUCGAGCUAAAUCAACUCGUUGCUCAAUUUCCCCACUGAUAUUGUAAGGUCAACAUGAUUAUCGAUAACGGCCAAUAAAACAAUA